GCCAGGAGUCCAGGACAUCAGGCCCCAGAAAAAAGUCCGAACGCAUCUCUUCUUUCUACUUUCUUGUAACCCAAGACGAACUCGGUGAACUCUUUCUCCUCGCGCAGCACCGGAGCACAAUCAAGGAUUCCAGUCCAGUCCUGCCAAUGGAGUGCGUUUUGGGCUUGGUUGGCCGCGACUUCGCGGUGGUGGCGGCCGACACCUCCGCCGUGCAGAGUAUCCUCGUCCACAAGACUGACGAGGACAAAGUAAUGGUCCUCGACUCGCACAAGCUGUUGGGCGCUUCAGGGGAGCCUGGUGACCGGGUGCAGUUUACGGAGUUCAUACAGAAGAACCUCCACCUGUACCAGUUCCGCAACACCAUCCCGCUGUCAACCGCCGCUGCCGCCAACUUCACACGCGGCGAGCUCGCCACAGCCCUUCGUAAGAAUCCAUACAUGGUCAAUGUUAUUCUCGGUGGUUACGAUAAGGAUGUUGGCGCCUCACUGUACUACAUCGACUACAUUGCGACCUUGCACAAGAUCGACAAGGGCGCUUUUGGGUACGGAUCGUAUUUCUGCCUGUCUCUGAUGGACAAGCUGUACCGCCCGGACAUGACCGUUGAGGAAGCGGUAGACCUCGUUGAUAAGUGCAUUAAGGAGAUCCGGCUGCGGCUGGUUGUGGCGCCCCAGAACUUCGUGAUCAAGAUCGUCGACAAGGACGGGGCCAGGGAGUACGCGAGGCGUGAACUCGUCGGCGACAGUGCACCUGCUGAAGCUGCAGCUACGGUUGCCGCCUGAGGCAUGAAACUUGUUUGUGUUAGUUGUUUGUUUCUCAGCGAGGCUACUAUGUAAUCAAAUGGAUACUGGUGGGGGUCCCACAGCUGUUUUUUAAUCAAUUUUAGCCCAGACAUGUAAUUCUGUUUCUGCACUAAUUCAUGUCUUCGCCGAGUACAAGUUGA